GGCAGUAGCGCAGCAAACGAAAUGGCGCAGCGACUUCCUCUAACGCUGCUCGGCGUGUUGCUCCUGAACGCGGCCGCCUCCUUCGCCUGGAAGCCCAUCGCAGUUAGCGGCGGCAGCGGGAUUGGUGGCGGCACUGCCGCCUACAGCCUCAAGCAGUCGCAUCCGGGGGCGGCGAGCAGUAGCCAUGAAAUAUCCACUAGCUUCUCGCAGUUCGGCGGCGACAAGGAGACGCCCGAGGUCGAGGACGAGCUGCUGCUGGGCCGCGCUGCCAUCGUGAACGGCGUCGAUUCCAGUGCAGCGGUUUCCCAUCCAAUUAGCUUUACGGACCACCUGGAGGACCAGUACGAGUCGUACAGCAUCGAGGACGAGGCCCCCAAGGAGCCGCUGGCGUUCCCGCGAACUCCACUCUACGGCUCCGAUCGCUGCAGCGUCAAGAAGUUUGCCUUCAACCAGGACGGCGAGGUGGAGUACGGCAAUCCGAUGCCGGAACUGGACCAGUUCACCAUCUGCUUUUGGAUGCGGUUCACCAACCACAGCGGCGACCACGUCCUCUUGACCUACGAGGCUGGAAAGGAACCACGCGAGGUGCAAAUCUGGGUCGCAAAUGCGCAGAAUUCCAGUUUCCUUUCGAUGGCCAUAAAAGGUCAGCAAAUGUACAGACUGAACUACCCGCUGAAAAUGCGCCAGUGGCAUCACAUGUGCAGCUCGUGGAAUGGCAAGACGGGCGAGUGGCAGGCCUGGCUGAAGGCAGAACGCAUUGGGCGUGGCUUCCACAACUCGUUGGUGGGACAUAAAAUCCCAGCGAACGGCAAGCUGCGUUCCGGCGGCAGUUCGGUCACCGGUGAGGUGAGCCACGGCCUCCACUUCGAGAUGACGCUCGUCCAGGUCUAUCGGGUGGCGCUCAGCGCCGGCAAGGCGCAUCGCGACCACAAGCACCACCAUGUCCACCACUUUGAUCACGAGGGCCAGGAGCUCUCUAGCACCACUCGUGCCCCGCCCUCGAUUAAUCGUCCUCAGCCGAUGCACACGCUGCUCGCCAGUGGCCAGAUCCCGACUCGGGUGCGCAUCAACUUGGCCAAUCCGCCGCCGACCGCAAGUGGAGCUCCGGCUCCGGCUCCUGGCGCGGCCGGUGCUCCGACCGAUCCCGCCCAGCAGGCCAUCACCAUCAAUACGAAUUUCGUGAACGGACAAAUUAACGCGGGUUCGCGACUGGUGGCCCAGCAACUUCUGGGUCUCUCGCCGCCGAGCGGAUUGCAACCUGGCGGCGGUGGCAAACGCUUCCAAAUGCUCAGCAACUCGGCCAACGUGCAGUUCAUCGACGAGACGGAGACCCACAUCCAGUUCAAGCGGGAAGCCGACGCCACGAAGAAGGUGCAGAAGCGCGGCCUGGUGCUGCUGGACGAUGGGUCCGUGGUGGACGACGGUGCCGGGUCCGGAACGGAUAGCAGUUUGAUUUACAACGGUCUCGCCGACUUUGGCGGACAGCAGUUUAAGCAGGAUCUGACGCUCAAGAUGAACUUGGAGGAGGAGAUCAGCACGCACGACCGCGAGCCCGCCGAGGAGGAGGUUAGGGCCGUGAUGUCCAUCUGCAGCAGCUGCCACACGGAGCCGUUCCAGGGUGCCAUCGUGUUUUCGUGGAAGGAUGUGCGCGAGCACAUGAACAACGCCCUCAAGGGCCUCAGCGUGGGUCCAUGUGGUAACUUCUAGUUGUGCCCAAAGUACGGAUAACAUUCUAGUGUCCUAGGACCUCGGCUUAAGCUUUCCCAGCCCAUUUCCCACCCCAUUAUUUCCAUAUCUUUUUUUUUCUACUCGUAUAUACGAAUAAGUAUUCGAUUGGUUUGGGAAUCUUGUGUCCCA